UCGUUUCAUUACGAGCCCAUCUUAGGCAGAAAAAUCUCACCGGGAAUCCAUCAUGGAGUUGGACAUGGAUGGCAGAGAUCCUAACGCAUUGAAUAGUCAUGUUCAGGUUGCCUUUGAGGAUGUUUUGGGAGAGCCUGACGGUGUACAUAGCAUUGCCUGUGUGUGGAAGAACAGUUACUGGUGUUUCACCUGCGGUAAAAACUGCUGCUACAAGUUCAUGACCUGUCUUUGUGGAAUUUGCAUCGCCCUAUACUGGGGUUGUGAGUUUGCCAUGAUAACCUUUGAAAUGGUUUGGUGUGUGACACCCAUGCUCAAAAUGCUUAGUAUUUACUGCGGAUGCGCCCAGAAGUUCUUUGGUACCAUCAUUAACUGCUGCCUUGCUCCAGUCUGUGAAACAACUGGCCUAAUGUUCAGUAAGAUUUCACUUUCAAAUAAAUAACAAACACUAUAUGACUGUGUUUCAAUGUGCUGUAAAAAAACAUAUAUCAAGAACUGAAGGACACCAAACUGUGUAACUAGGACUUGUAAACUACCUCAUCGAUACAUGUAUGUUUCGAUAGUAUUGACCUAAGUAUUAUAUAUUUCCUCUUAAGUUAUGUAUACACGUACUAUUUAUUGUGAUGCCAAACUAUUUCCUAAUAAAGGUUUCUGUUUUGAUAUAUUUUUUUCUUC